UGACUCAUGCCAGACCUUGCGAAACAGGGAAAUCAGAGCUAAAGAACCAUCUAAAAGACAGGCCAUGGGAGUUCAGUUUUGUACCAAAGACAAUCUAAUUUUAUUUGUAUCUGAGGAUAAUGAAGCAACAAUUAAACCGAGGCAGUUGAAGAAGGCAAAACAGAAGAAUUUAAGAAAGAAACUGAACUCAGCAGCCAUCCUGAUCCAGGCCUGGUGGCGGGGCACCCUGGUACGCCGCACACUGCUGCAUGCAGCCCUCAGGGCCUGGAUCCUUCAGCGCUGGUGGCGGCAGGUGAUGGCACAACUGCUGGAGAAGAGGCGGCGGGCAGCGCUGACUGGUUAUGCAAUCCGAGAGAGGGCAGCAAUCACACUGCAGUCUCUGGUUCGUAUGUGGCGCAUCCACUGGCGAUACUGCCAGGUGCUCAAUGCCAUCUAUGUCAUCCAGGGCCACUGGCAAUGCCACAACUGCCAGACCUGUGCCUUCCUCCGGGGCCACUGUGUGGUCACUGCCACUCACCUGCAGUUCCACAUUGAGAUCAUCAACUAAGAAGGGGCCUCAGUAAAGGUCUGCUUUUCUUACAGUGUCCCCAG